AUGUUGCUGGGACUAAAUUGGCGCAUACUCUUUUGAAUAUACCUGGUUUCAUUUGAAAAAUGGAAUGAAUACAUAUUUGAACUUUUUCAAGAAAAAAAAUGGCGAUUAGGACACUUCUUCGCUACAGAAGUGUACAUCAUUUCUCCAGAACACUCUUCCAUUGCUAUCUUUCUCCACUCAAAACCACUCAAUGUUGUCUUUCUUCUUUAUUUCCUUCGUAUCUUCCUACCUCCAAUGCCUUUCGCGGCUGUCUGUUCAUGUCCUCUUUAACUGAUGCAGAAACCAAAAAGGAACCUGAAAAAAAUCCAGACCUGGUGAAUGAGGUUUCUCGAAUUCUUAGUGACUACAGAAGCCCUCACCACGACAUUGAGUCCGCACUCAAUCCAUUUUCCGGCAGUGUUUCAAAUGACGUAGUUGAACAAGUCCUCAAGCGUUGCAAAAAUCUGGGAUUCUCUGCGCACAGGUUCUUCAUAUGGGCACAAAAGUUAUCAGGUUUUUGCCAUAGUCGGGAAAGCUUUCGCAUUCUUGUUGAUAUAUUAGGAAGUAGUAAACAGUUCCCCUUGAUAUGGGAUUUCCUUGUUGAGAUGAGAACGAAUAGGUCUUGUGAAAUUACUCCCGAAAUUUUCUGGCUUGUUUUCAGGGCUUAUAGUAGAGCUGGUUUGCCAGCUGAUGCAAUUAGGGCUUUUAAUAAAAUGGUAGAUUUUGGGAUUAAACCAUGUUUAGCUGAUCUCGACAAGCUUUUGCUGGCGCUGUGUAAAAGAAAGCAUGCCAAGCAAGCGCAGGAGUUUUUCGAUAAAGUGAAGGAUGAUUUCAUGCCGAGUGUGAAAACUUACAGCAUUCUGAUAAGGGGAUGGGGAGAUUUAGGGGAAGUUGCUGAAGCACAAAAGCUGUUUGAUGAAAUGCUUGAAAGAGGUUGUUCAGUUGAUUUGCUUGCUUAUAAUAGUAUUUUGGACUCACUAUGCAAGGCUGGUAAGAUGGAUGAGGCCUUCAACUUCUUCAUGAAGAUGAGGUCCAUUGGACUGAUACCUGAUGCUUUUAGUUAUUCAAUUUUUAUUCAUGGUUAUUGCGCAGGGAAUGAUAUUCAUUCAGUUUUCAGGGUCCUUGACCAGAUGAGAAGGUACAAACUUGUGCCUAAUGUAUUUACAUAUAAUUGUAUCAUCAAAAAGCUUUGUAAGACCAAGAAGGUUGAUGAGGCCUACCAACUGAUAGAUGAGAUGAUUAACGAAGGGGUAAGACCUGAUUGUUGGAGUUACAAUACAAUCCUAGCUUCUCAUUGUGAUCAGAAUGAAGUUAACUUGGCACAUAGGCUGGUUUCAAGAAUGGAACAAAACAACUGCCUACCAGAUAAACAUACAUAUAAUAUGUUGCUUAAGAUGCUUAUUAGGGUGGGAAGGUUUGAUAGAGUUGAGAAAGUUUGGAAGAGCAUGGAAGGCAGGAACUUUUAUCCUUCAGUCUCGACAUAUGCUGUCAUGGUACAUGGUUUCUGUCAGAAGAAAGGGAAACUGGAGGAAGCAUGUAAAUAUUUUGAAAUGAUGAUAGAUGAAGGCAUUCCUCCAUAUACAGAGACGUGUGAAAAAUUGAGAAAUAGACUAAUAGGUCAUGGAUUUGCAGAGCAGACUGAGAUACUUGCAGAUAAAAUGGAAAGAAGCACAUCUAGUUUAAUUCAAGAACUGGCAGGUGUAAUGAGAGGUAAUAAGGCCCGUUUGAAAUUGAAACAUGAUGAAGAAUACUCGGAUGAAAAUUUUGAGUGAGAGAAUCUAAUGAUCUAGAAUCAUCUCAAUUCCCUGGUCAAGGUGAUACGUACUCUUGUCGCAUGUCGUUUAUUGGUAAGUCAUGCUGCAUUUCAUUGUUUUCUGAUAGCAGUGAGUGGCACUGACUUGGCUAGACCCAGGGAGAACUCCUGGCUCAGAUAGCAAUUAUAGCCACAGAGGCAAAACCUUGAUCCGACAUAUUAUCUUGUGAUGGAAAAUUAUAGUCAAGGUGACAAUUUGGUCCAAGUGAGUUUCUUGAUCUGUAUAUUUCCGUAGCAAAAGCCUAGAUUUAUUUUUAUGGUCUGGCUUUCAUGUGGGCCCAGUUGCUCUUUACUAUUCAGUAUGUGUAAAUGACAUCCUAGCUUGUAAAGAUUUGGAUGUGGUGUAAUUGGCUUGCAAGGUUAAGGAACGAAAGGCAUGUAGUUAUCUCUUGGAUUCGACAUUUUGUGUUUGAUUCUUCGCAUCCUUCAAGGACAAGCUGAAGGGCCAUCAACUUUCAAGAGUAAACAAGGGGGUUUUAUUAGAAAGGGAAAAAAGGUUAGUAAGGGUCGCAAGGUCUGCUUGGUAGUUGAGUGAUGCCUUAUUAAGUGGUAAUUACUGCUGGAAUACAUUAGUUAAGGCAUACAAGAAUCUCCGGCUGUACCAGAGCAUAUUAAGGACAUUAUUCUUUUGUGUAUGAAUAAUGAAUGGGAACAUCUGAAAUUAAUAUUCAAUUGCGAGACAUUUUCUGGAAAUGCCAUGCAGAUGGAUAAGUUGUCGAUUUGUUGUUUCUGCCAUGUAUGCUUAGUUAAUGGCUUCUACAUGUUAUCAUUAUCCUUACCCAACAUAGUUGGUGAUGUGACUAGGAACUGUGUCAUAUGAUCCUUCUAGGUGUGAUGUCGAGUAGUUGUUUUCUUUGGAAAUGACCUCAGGAAUCGUAAAGGUAAGGACUUGAAAACCUAAGUUGGAUAGAUCAAUCCACUAGAUUGGACUGUGGAGCAUGUUCUCUAGAUAAGUGAUGAUGAAAAGAUUGUCUCAACUUCAGAUUUUUUCUACUCACUGAUUCUGCUUGCAUUUUUCUACCCGUAUCUCUUAAAUUACUCCCUAUUAUGCUACCUAGCCCUAAUAUUGGUUAGCUCUUUGGUUAGCUGUCAUCUACGAAGCCAAUAUUCUGUAAUUUUUUCAUGACGCAAAUUAACUUCUGAACCUCUAUAAAUUAUUUUAUCACAAGUAAUGUUGAUCUUUUCCCCCUGAACUCCUAUAUGCUUGUGGAAGAUAUAUCUAAAUCAUUUUGAAGUGAUAGACAGGUUGAUUCUGAUGUAUAUGAAGAUACUUGUAUGAUCUUGAGUGUUCUUUAAAAGUUAGUUCAUACAGUUAGUCACUCACCACCAUGUUUCCAAUCUGCAACUGCUGCUAACAGAUGACAAAGUCAAAAAUGGGAAAAAGCAUACAGAAGGUUGAAUUCGAUAUUUGGAUGGCACCGCAUUUUCUCUUGAGGAUUGAAUGCUCUUUCUUCCGCUCUUUGGAGAGGCCACCUAAGGUUAUGAUUGUUGUCAUCACAAAACCUGUCUUAAUUUUCUUGAAGAACUUGUUUUACUCAAAUUUGAAUAUUUCUUAUUCCUUUUUUUUUAAUUGUUGGGACAGCAUGGAGGCUGGAAGAGGAGUUUAAAGUUUUUGAAUACGCAUGAUCAUAAUAUAUAAAAGUGUUUUUAACUUGA